ACAACUACUACUGCAUGCCCAGAAGUUACAACAACUACCACUGAAUGUGCUCAAAUUACAGGACCUGCAAACGAUAUUGGUCGCACUUGUCCUGGUGGUUACGAGGAAGGGGAAUUAUUACCUUAUCCUGAGAGUUGUGAUAAAUACUACGUAUGCUUUGACGGCAAGCUCCAGGAAAGAGAAUGCGGUGUAGGUAAUCGCUUUGAUAGCACCCUGAAGGCGUGUGAGCCCGAUACAGAACAUAACUGCUGGCCAGCUGACGGCCAGCGAAGCAAACGGAGUGUAGACGAAGAUGUCGCAGACGAGGAAUCUGAUUUGAGAUCUAACAGUGAAGUAGGAGUUUUAGAUGAAACCCCCCAAAAAUCCGAUGAGAGUUUUCUCAAUAAUAACAACGAGGUUUCUAUUUCUGAUGAAAACAGUGAAAACACCGUGGAAAAAUCUGAAAAUCGUGCAUUGGACAAUUUAAAAUGUUUAGGUUUGUACGCUGAAGGAAAAAUAGUCAGCCAUCCCAAGGAUUGUCGGCAGUAUCUAAUUUGUGUCAGCGGUGAAAUGAUUUUAAGGGAUUGUGGCUUUGGCAACUAUUUUGAACCAAGAACACUAACAUGCAACAUUGACAGCGAACAAAGUUGCAUCUCAAACUUUAAUUUGGACAGUAAAAGUGCCGUCGUUGAUGGCAAAGCAGCUAGUGAUAGUGACACAGAGUGCACAUGCCCGGGCGGUUACAAGGAAGGACAAUUACUGCCAUUCCCUAAUUACCCCGUAAACUGCGAUAAAUAUUAUAGAUGUACCGACGGUAAGCUCCAAGAAAGCGAUUGUGGCAAUGGCAAUCGUUUUGAUAAUAGUACUGGCGCUUGUAUUCCGGAUACUGACCACGUUUGUUGGCCAGCUGAAACUAAUUGCACUUGCCCCGGCGGCUAUAACGAAGGUCAAUUGCUCCCUUACCCUGAUAAUUGUGACAAGUAUUAUAUAUGCACUGGAGGCAGGCUUCAAGAACGUGAUUGUGGAAGUGGCAACCUUUUUAAUAGUAGCCUCGGGGUUUGUGAACCCGACACUGACAAUACCUGCUGGCCCAACGUGUGCAAGGAUCAACCGGAUAGCACAGCUGUAGCAGACUCGACCAAUUGUACAUCUUUUUACCUUUGUGAAGGUGGUAAAGGAGAAGUAUACGAAUGUCCUGAUGAAAAAUGGUUUAAUCCGCUUCAAGGAAUUUGCAUGCCAGAUUACAAUGCGACCUGCAUAAAUCCCUGCAAAGAUACCACAGGCAUUACGUUCCUACCAAAUCCCGAUUGUACCAAGUACUUCCUUUGUAAUGAUGGUAAGCCUUAUGUGGAAACGUGUGCGGUGGGUGGGUUCGACAUAACCCUGGGCAAAUGUCAUGAAGAUGCAGUUUGUGAAGCUACAUUGUGCCUGGAUAAAGAUGACGGAAGUACAUUCCCUGUGGUAGGAAAUGACACUAAAUUCUAUGUGUGCCUUGGAGGUGUGGCACAAAUUAACGAAUGUAGUCCUGGAACUGUUUACCAAGCUUCUUUAGGAGUCUGCUUAGAGCAACCAAGCUCAAAUUGUGAUCAGACCAAAUGCAGUUCUACUAGCUCUGAAUAUGAUGCGUUUGCGCCGUCAACAGAUACCGAUGACACCGCAUUCUGUUUGUGUCGUGAUGGUGCAGCAUACUUAUACCACUGCUCAGACAACUACACCUUCCGAGCGGAUCUGGGAAUAUGCUACUCGAAUGCGCCUUGUGACCCAGAGCUAUGUGACGUUUACCCAGAGAACACCCGCUCUCCCAACCGCAAUGACACACAUAGUUUCUGUCUGUGUGUGAGCAAGCAGCAAGUGAUAGUUGACUGUCCCAACAACCAAACCUAUAAUCCAGUUUCUCAAUUAUGCCAAACGCACGAUGAAAAAUGUUCUUCUACUUUCUGCCUCACGGCGGACGAGAAUACCAUUUUCCCAGCUUUGGACAAUGAUACCGACGGCUUCUGCAUAUGCCUUGCUUCGGGUGCCGAAUAUAAGCCCUGUGAAGAUGGUAGCAAAUUUGACGUGGAUAGGGGUAUAUGUCUGCCAACUAGCGAGGAGGAGGCUUGUAGUGAUUCACUUUGUGUAGACAAUGUUGGUUUGAUUUUUGGUGCUACGGGUGAUCCAAACGCAUUCUGCUAUUGCGAACAAGAUGGUGUAGCCACUAAGAAGAGCUGCCCUAACUCGGAGAUAUUUAACGAUACUUUGCUAAUAUGUCAGGCGCUGGGAUGCGACGGCCAAGUGUGCCUGACGAAUCCUUCCGGACCUUUUCCAGCAUUAAAUGAACCAUACUCAUUUUGCAUUUGCACAAGCACAGAUCCGAGUUCCGUAACCAAAUACAAUUGUGAA